AUGGACCAGGCCGAUGUUCCCGCGCUCUUGUCGCGCCUGGCCAGCGACGAGGAUGCCGCCCGCAAGAUGGCUGUAUUCAAGCUGCAGUCCUCGAUCAACGACCCUGCCUUUGCCGACGUCUUCAUCUCGUCGGGAGGGCUUGUCAUCUUGCGGCGGCUGAUCAUGAACACGGGCGGCAACACGCUUGCCUACUCGCUGCAGUCGCUGACCAGGCUGCUGGAGGUGGACAUGGGCUGGGACAUCUUUGAGGGCCACAUGGCCACCGAUCUCGUCGAGCGCCUCGUCGAGUUGGUCGUCACGAAUCCGCUCGUCAACAUCCUGCGGGGUGCCAUGUCCAUCCUGGUCGCUCUGGUAUCUCACUCGCAGUCUGCCCCCAGCGGCAGCAGCGGCGGCGGGAACAACCAUAUCGCGGCCGCCGUCAGGACCCCUGGCAUGUUUGGCUUCCGUGCCCUCAAGCCUGCCGUGGCCGUGUACCCGCAAUUCUUUGAGCACGUCAUCUCCCAGCUCCAGUCCGCCGACCACGCCCUGUGCGCCGCCGCGCUGAUGCUCAUCAACGCCCUGGUACGGGAUGCCAUCUCCAAGGAGGACAGGGGCGUCAGCGGGGUUAGUGGCGCCAGGCCCGCGGGCGAGGAGUGGUCCAAGUUCAUCAAGAGGCUACAAGACCUGGGGUUAAUCAAGGCCGUCUAUAAUCUAAUGCAGAGCUCGGCCAUGCAGGACCUGGCCCAGCCGCUGCUCGACUUCCAGAACCUCACCAAGGUCUUGCUGCGGAGGUGGAAGGAGGUCAAGGUCGACCUCGAGCGCCCGGAGCACAGGAGGGCGCUGAAGGGUCUGCACCUGUCCAGUGCUCCCGACAGGUCCUUUGCCAACGGGACCACCGCGACAACAAACCCGGCGGCAGCGACGACCGGCGAGACGUCCGGCAGGAAACACAACCCAGAGAAGUGGCGGAGGCUGGGGUUCCAGACGGAGAGCCCCGCGUCCGAAUUUCACACGGCUGGCUUCUUGGGUAUGAUGGACCUUACCGACUACGUGCGCAAGAACGAGGAUGGCUUCCAGAAGAUGCUCCUGGAGCAGUCCACGAGGCCGCUCCACGAGAGGUGUCCUAUCGCCCGGUCCAGCUUGGCCGUGUCCCUGAUGCUCUAUGAGCACUUCGAGGUGGACAAGGCCGACCUGGAGGACAUCAAGGGUUACCAGGCCAUGGACAACAGCAAGGGCAACGACAGGAUGUUCAGGCCCCUCCUGCUGCAGUGGUCUCGGCUGCACACCGCAGGGCUCCACGCCUUUUUUCGCAUGUGGAAGGCCACAGGUGCGGAGCGGGAUGACUUUGAGAAGGUGGCCGAGCUGGUACGGAUCCUCAUCGAGCGGGUCAUCGGCCAGGCCACCAGGAUGAGGGACGUCUCGGAGGUCGAGGAGGAGCUACAGGACUACGAGUGCAGCCGGCUCCGCGAGGUGCAGAUGGAGCUGCUCGACCUGUCCUUUGACGACCAAUGGGGCGCACACCUGUACCAGGUGCGGGAGGAGCUGAAGCAUGAGGCUUUGACCUUUGUCAAGGAACAGCGCAUCCGCUGCCUCCUGCAGGGCUCCUGGUUCUACAAGCCAGUGCCGGCCCGAGACCAGCAGCCAGCAGAACACCAGCGCGAGGGCAGUGUAGACGCCAGAAGGCGGCUCUACCAGCCCAAGCCGUGGAGAUUCGCCCGGCUCUCCCACAACAGGCGCUACCUGCACUACGCAGACUUUGCCGAGAGGGCACCGCCGGACCCCAUACUCGACCACCUGGGUGACAAGAUCGACCUCGGCACCAUCAGCUCGGUCGUGUCCAAUGUCUCGGCGCCGGGCGAAGAUGCCCAGAGCGUGUCCAGCGGGUCCACGCUCAAGAACAACAACCAUCAGCAGCUGCCGCCGCCGGGCACGCCCAAAGCUCCAGGUUUACUAACGAGCGGUGCUGCCCCGCCCAAGACAACGACCAAGAUCACCAUCUACAGCUACGUGAACCCCGAGGAGGCGGCUCGGGGCAGCGACACCAAGGAGCAGGCCGUGCUGACGCUGCACCCCAUGACGAACUCGCUGGCGUCGGAGUGGCUGGACGGCCUGCUGAUGCUGUUGAACCAGGCGCCCAUCACGGCCGAGACGAACAAGCUAGUGACACUGGUCAGCGACUACGGGCUGAAGAUCAGGCUGCUUAACGUUCGGGUGGAUGCGGUGUACAGUGGACCACAGCCUGGUGCAGGUGCUGUGCCCAGUCGGGAGGGGUUGGAUGAUGAUUAUUUCUACGAAGUCUGA